GGUCAGGUGAGGUGCGCCGCCUUAUAAAAGCUCUCCGGAGGCAGGGUGUGAGCUGAGACGUCGUUCAGGGGGCAGGAUGGCACGACUACUCAACUUCUUGGUUUGGUCCAGCUUUUUGGUGGCUGCCCACGCUGCCACGCUGGGUGUGGUGCACACAGAAGGAGGAUUUGUUGAAGGAACCAGUAAGAAAAUUGGCAUAAUCUCUGCAGAUUAUAUUGAUAUUUUCAAGGGGAUUCCAUUUGGCGCUCCGACUAAAAUUCUGGAAAAACCUGAAAAGCAUCCCGGCUGGUCAGGAACUCUGAAAACCACCGAAUACAAACCUCGCUGCAUGCAGUACAACCUCCUCGGGAAUGACAUUCGUGGAGAAAUGGACUGUCUGUACCUGAAUAUUUGGGUCCCUCAGUCCCGCUCGUCAGUGUCAACCAAAUUACCCGUCAUGAUCUGGAUUUACGGGGGAGCGUUUCUACUUGGAGGCGGUCAAGGGGCCAACUUCUUGGACAAUUACCUGUAUGACGGGGAGGAGCUAGCCCUGCGAGGAAAAGUCAUUGUGGUGACCUUCAACUACCGUGUGGGGGCCCUGGGAUUCCUCAGCACCGGAGACGCCAACUUACCUGGAAACUAUGCUCUGUGGGAUCAGCAUUUCGCCAUUGCAUGGGUGAAGAGGAACAUUAUUGCCUUCGGAGGAGACCCCGAUAACAUCACCCUCUUUGGGGAGUCAGCUGGGGCCGCCAGUGUGUCCCUACAGACUCUGACUCCUUACAAUGUGGGAUUGAUCAAGCGGGCUAUCAGCCAGAGCGGGGUAGGACUGUGCCCAUGGGCUAUACAGCGAAAUCCUCUCGUGUGGUCCAAACAAGUGGCUUCAAAACUUGGAUGCCCUGUGAAUGACACUGCGGCCAUGGCGAAAUGCUUGAAACAGACUGACCCAAAAGCUGUCACCCUGGCUCUUCAACUGCAACUGACCAACCUAGACAACCCCUUGGUGCACUAUCUGCCCUUCACCCCCGUCAUCGAUGGAGACUUCAUUCCAGACGAGCCCAGAAAUCUCUUCGGCAAUGCUGCCAAUGUGGACUAUCUCGCUGGAGUCAACAACAUGGAUGGACAUCUUUUCGCCGGCAUUGAUUUACCAAACAUUAACAGACCCCUCCAAAGGGUGACAGCGGAGGAGGUGCAGAAGCUGGUGCAAUCGCUGACCAUUACUAACGACACUGCUGCCAUAGACAUGGCCUAUAACCUGUAUACACAGGCCUGGGGAACCAACCCCGAUCAGGAGAUCAUAAAGAAGACCGUGGUCGACCUGGAGACUGACUACAUCUUUCUGGUCCCAACUCAAGAAGCUCUAGCACUUCACUACCAGCAUGCUCAGAACGCCAAGACGUACAGCUAUCUGUUCUCUCAUCCCACACGUAUGCCCGUAUACCCGAGCUGGGUUGGAGCUGAUCACGCAGAUGACCUCCAGUACAUGUUUGGCAAACCAUUCAGAAAUCCAUUGGCCUACAGACCCCAGGACAGGGACGUCUCUGAGGCCAUGAUGGCUUACUGGACCAACUUUGCUGCAACUGGAGAUCCAAGCAAUGGAAACUCUAAGGUGCCCACUCCUUGGUUAGUCUACAACACCCUGAAUGGACAAUACCUGGAAUUCACCAAGAAGAUCACGAAUAAAUCCAUGAAACAGGACCUGCGCUCCCCUUACGUCAGGUUUUGGGUCACCACCUUCCGCAAUCUUCCCAACCCAUAACCGAAGAUCGGAGAUUGGGGGUUGUACACACAGUCUCCGCAGGGGGCGCUAUCAUGGGGCGGUUACUUGUCACCCAAGUGCUCCUUUAAACCUCCUGAUUUUUGUAUGACUGCUAUUCUGAAUUAAAAUGCACAUCUC